AUGUCCGAUCAGGAGGACGAUUACGCCGAGAGACGGCUCAAGAUCGUCCUGGUCGGCGAUUCCGGGGCUGGUAAAACCAGCAUUGCGGUCAAGUUUUGCCACAAUGAAUUUUCACGGCAAUACACGCCGACGGCCGGGAUCGACUUCUACAUGAGAAACCUCCCCAUCGGCGUCUACAAAAAUGUAAACCUCUACCUGUGGGACGUCAGCGGUCUGUCACUCCGCUCGAGUAUGCUCGACAAGUACAUUUUCGACGCAAACAUGAAUUUUGUGAUGUCGCAAAAACGUGUAAUUUAUCUAAGGGUCAAGAUGAAGAAGUAUCUAUUCAAAGUAUAA